CCACCCUCUUAACUUCCACUGCUUGCUUAGGUGGGACAGCAUGUGUGAUGACUGGCCAGCCCUUUGACACCGCGAAGGUGAAGAUGCAGACGUUCCCCGACAUGUACAAAGGCAUUGUUGACUGUUUUGUGAAAACCUAUAAACAAGUGGGAUUUCGAGGCUUCUACAAGGGAACCACACCAGCGCUUGUAGCCAACAUCGCGGAGAACUCCGUUCUGUUCAUGUGCUAUGGAUUUUGCCAACAAAUUGUGAGAAGAAUCGUGGGAGUAGACAGGAAAACAAAGCUCAGUGAUCUGCAGAAUGCUGCUGCAGGCUCCUUUGCCUCUGCCUUUGCCACCCUUGUCCUCUGUCCCACAGAGCUGGUGAAGUGCCGGCUGCAGGCCAUGCAUGAAAUGCAGUUGUCAGGAAAGAUAAUCCAGGGACACAAUACAGUUUGGUCAGUGGUGAAAGGUGUUAUUCAAAAGGAUGGUCCCCUUGGAUUUUACCGUGGCCUGUCAAGUACUUUGCUGCGGGAAGUCCCAGGCUAUUUCUUCUUCUUUGGAGGAUAUGAACUGAGUCGGACGUUCUUUGCCUCUGGGAGAUCAAAAGAUGAAUUGGGUCCUGUUCCUUUGUUACUAAGUGGAGGUUUUGGAGGCAGCUGUCUGUGGAUUGCUGUGUAUCCUGUGGACUGCGUCAAAUCUAGAAUUCAGGUUCUUUCAAUGGCUGGAAAACAGACAGGUUUUAUGGGAACGUUUGUAACUGUUGUGAGAACUGAAGGUGUACUUGCCUUGUAUUCUGGACUAAUGCCAACUAUGAUCCGUGCAUUCCUGGCCAAUGGAGCACUGUUCCUUGCCUAUGAGUACAGCCGGAAACUUAUGAUGAAACAAAUAGAUUCUUACUGA